AUGUCCGGGAGGCGUCAGUGUCUCAGCGUCAAUGUCUCAGGCGUCAAUGUCUCAGGCGUCAAUGUCUCAGGCGUCAAUGUCUCAGGCGUCAAUGUCUCUCAGGCGUCAAUGUCUCAGGCGUCAAUGUCUCAGGCGUCAAUGUCUCAGGCGUCAAUGUCUCAGGCGUCAAUGUCUCAGGCGUCAAUGUCUCGUCAAUCCAAGUCUCAGGCGUCAAUGUCUCAGGCGUCAAUCGCGUCUAGUCCAGCAGACGGGGGGGUCCAGCGGCCGGUGGGGUCCAGCUGCCGGGGGGGUCUAGUCCAGCGGACGGUGGGGUCCAGCGGCCGCGGCCAGUGGGUCCAGCUGCCGUGGGGGCUUAGUCCAGCGGACGGUGGGGGUCCAGCGGACGGUGGGGUCCAGCGGCCGGUGGGGUCCAGCUGCCGGGGGGUCCAGUCCAGCGGACGGUGGGGGUCCAGCGGCCGGGUCCAGCUGCCGGGGGGUCUAGUCCAGCGGACGGUGGGGUCCAGCGGCCGGUGGAGUCCAGUGGCCGGUGGAGUCCAGCCGGGGAGGUCUAGUCCAGCGGACGGUGGGGGUCCAGCGGCCGGUGGAGUCCAGUGGCCGGUGGGGUCCAGCUACGGGGGGGUCCACUCCAGCGGCCGGGGUCCAGCGGCCGGUGGAGCCCAGUGGCCGGUGGGGGUCCAGCUGCCGGGGGGAUCCAGUCCAGCGGACGGUGGGGACCAGCGGCCGGUGGGGUCCAGCGGCCGAGGGUUCCAGCGGUCCUUGGGGUUCAGCGGCCGGUGGGGUCCAGCGGCCGGGGGUUCCAGCGGUCUUUGGGGUUCAGCGGCCGGUGGGGUCCAGCGGCCGGGGGUCCAGUGGCUGGUGGGGGACACGGCGGCUCGAGAGGUCGAUCCUGGACCGACAGAUGUUGCACGUGUGGAAGGUUACCUAUACUGCGGGAGGCGCUGCGGCGCCGUCUUUCCGGCGUUGGCACUUGUUCCCGGCUUGCAGCCCAGCUAA